UCAUACCGUAUAUGAGCUGGGUCAGAAAUAUGUCGCUAUCCUCUGACCACGUGUAGUGCCAAUCAGAAGUAUAAAUAAUAACAAAAACUAUCGCCGAAACGACAUAAAAAAUCUAACAUCAUAGUCUGAUCAACAUUUGCAGAAAUGCAAAAACCAAAGAGUAAAAAAUUGAAGAUCAGCAGCGUGAAGAGGAACAACCAGAAGAGAAAUAAGUUAACCAAACAAGGGAAACUUAAAGUACGAAGAAAUCGAAGUAAAUUGACACAACCGGUCAAGAAACAUGCCGAAAAACACGAGGAACCCGUUGAAAAUGAGGAGAGCAGUGAUCAGGGUGAGGAUUUACUGGAGAUGGUGGAAAAAGAUGACUUGAAAUUUUUGCAGUCAGCCAUUUCCCAAAAAUCGUACAACCUGUUGCGAAAAAUAAGGUUAUCAGACGAGAGUAAUGGAGAAUUCAACUCCCGGAGAAGUAAAAAAUUGAAACGUAAAUUGAAGAAUGAUAAUAACGAUGAUGGCCUUGAAAACGUUUAUGAAGAAAGGAUAUUGAGUGCAACUGAACAGGAGGAGGGAAAAAAGAUUCGUGUGCUGUUGCCUGUGAAGACUAAGGAAGGUGUCGUGAAGAACCGUAUUGUGGAAGAAAAUGAUGACAGUGAUGGAGCAGAACAACAAAAUGAUUCAGAAAUUAAAACAGAAAGUAAUGCAGAAGAUGAUGAUGUCAACAGUGACGAUGAACCAGGAGAAUUUGAGGUUACAUCGGUGGAUGACGUGAAUGCCAAGGAUAAAGUAACGACUGUCGAACUUUUAGCUUGCCGGGAGGAAAUACUAAAAUCUCGCAAGUUCAAAAUUGGAAUUUUAUCCAGCACUCUACUGGAGAAUCCCCAGGGAAAAGUCCAGAACUUUAAGGUUCUUCUAGAUUUUCUGGACGAGAGUAAUCCUGAAGUCUGCAUUACUGUCAAGAAAUUAACAAUAGUAUCACUUCUGGAGGUAUUUAGAGAUCUGCUGCCAGCCUAUUGCAUUAAUUCUGCAGGUAGAGAUGAUGGAAUUAGGUACAAAAAGGAAACUCUUGAAUUGAAAAACUACGAGGAAGUACUUCUUCGUAGCUACAAGAAUUAUCUCCAAAAAUUAGAGAAAAUGGCUGGAGUAUUGAGAAGAAAAAGAGGAGAUACAAGAGCACUGGAUAGUUUUCAGAUUGAACUCGCUCAGCUUGCUGUCACCAGUCUGUGCCAGUUGCUGACUACACAUCCGUAUUUCAAUUAUUCAGUCAAUAUAGCUAGUUUCUUAGUUCCACUGUUGGACAAUAAACGUGAGAAAAUCCGAGAGACAAUUUUUCAAUGUUUCAAACAGAUAUUUACGGAUGAUAAACGCGGAGAAAUUUCCCUGGUUGUGGUGAGAAAAUUAAAUCAGUACAUAAAACAGCACGAGCAAACCGCUAACAGUGAAAUUAUUUCGGUUUUAUUAUUCCUGAAAAUCAAAGACGUCAAUUUGGAUGCAGAGAGGAAAGAGGAAAAUAAGCAAAAAAAAUUAUCCAAUUAUAAACAAAGAGUGCUGGCGCUAAGCAAAAGAGAGAGAAAGAAGAAUAAAAAACUGGUUGAAAUUGAAAAAGAAAUGUUGGAGACACAGGCCACUGAGAGCAAACUCAAGAAAAACAAAAUUCUUACUGAAAUAACAAGCAUUGUGUUCACAAUUUACUUCAGAAUUCUCAAACGAACGCCCAACAAAAAAAUUCUGUCAGCUUGUCUCGAGGGUCUGGCUAAAUUUGCUGCCUGCAUUAACCUAGAAUUUUACCAAGAUCUCGUUAACGUCAUAAAUUCCUUGAUGAAGGACGACAAUCUCGGACAGCGAGAGCAACUUCACUGUAUUCAAACUGUCUUCACAAUUCUCUCUGGCCAAGCAUCAACUCUGAAUAUCGAUCCCUACGUUUUUUACGUUCAUCUUUACAAACAGUUGUUCAAUGUACACGCUGGAAGGACUCACGACAAUUGUUCCAUUCUCGUCAAUAUUCUUCUUCAAGUAUUGAUUGAUAGGAGAAAAAAUGUUUCACAGAAUAGAUUAAUUGCAUUUGCUAAAAGAGUCAUGACUAUUGCUCUGCAAAUGCAGCAUCACGGUACACUUGGACUCCUUGGUAUUAUCAAAUCAAUUAUGCAGCUUGAUAAAAAUGCUGAUCUUCUAUUGGAUACCGACAAUAAUUCUGGAGAUGGAUUUUAUCAACCUGAUUUAGACGAACCUGAAUAUUGUAAUGCACAUCGUAGUGCUCUUUGGGAAUUGAUUCCUCUUCAGAGACAUUAUCACAGCAUUGUUCAGAAGAUGUCACGAUAUAUCGCCUGUCGUGUGCCAGCAACCGGAGAAGGAACUUUGCCAGUGGAAAUUUUAAAACAGCGUCCAUCAGAGUUGUAUGAGAACUACGACUGUAGUGGUGUGAUUUUUAAACCUGCAGUUCAGGUCCCAAAGAAAUCUUCUGUUUCGAAGGUUAUUAAAAAUUGGGAAUGCUCCAAUGGUGAAUUUGAAGAAUACGUUAAAUCAGUGAAGUCGAGGAGUGCCUCGACGACACGAGAAUUCAUCGACUUUUCUGCAGAGAUUUUGUAAAUGAUUUGGACAUUAAAAAUUUAUAAUUACUUUAGAAAAUAAUAAUACUAAUGAAAUGAAUUAUUGCAUUUG